AUGGCAAACGAAAGUCCUCUCGCAGGCACGCCCGUCGCCAACGACUCCCUUACCACCCCCCAAACCCAAACCCAAGCAGCGCAAGCGCAAUCCCAGACACCAGGACGCCCCGGCGGCGCCCCCGCGCGCGUGUACAUGAACGAGAAGAUCGUGCCGUAUCUACUGGAGGGGAUGAAGGGGGUUGCUAAGGAACAACCAGCGAAUCCGCUGCGCGUGCUUGGGGAGUUUCUUAUUCAGAAGAGUGCCGAGGUUGAGGGGAAGUCGCCUGAGUAG